AUGUACGCCUCCCUCAUCGCGGCACUCAGUGUGCCAGCAAUUGCGAUUGCCCAAACAGUCGUCACUGUCCCCGAACGUGUCUGUAUCGUCGAGCCUUGUGCAAAUGGCGGUGACUCUGCUCCCGCCAUCAUCGAGGCGUUCGAGAAAUGCGGCCACAACGAGGCACCAUCGCGAGGAAAAGUUGUCUUCCGCAACGAGACCUACAACAUCCACAGUGUUAUGAACACGACUGGUCUGAAGAACGUUGAUGUCGAUUUGAACGGCUUGCUUCUCUGGGACACGAAUAUUCCUUAUUGGCUCAACCACUCUCUUCCUGUUGGCUACCAAAACCAAUCUUCGGCUUGGUUGUUUGGUGGAGAGAACAUCAACUGGGAUGGACAUGGAUACGCUACUCUUAAUGGCUCUGGACAGGCUUGGUAUACCUUUGUCAAUGGAACCAACAACUACCCUGGCAGACCUCAUCAGAUUACCAUUACUGGAACCAAGGACAGCACCUUCUUGGGUACCCGAUUUUUGGACUCACAGAUGUGGACUAUGACUGUCAUUCACAGCGAAAAUAUUCUCCUCGAAGACAUCUAUGUGAACAGCACUGGCAACGAGCCUGUUGGUUUCGACUUCUCUUCUCUGAAUACUGACGGUGCCGACACUGUAUAUGCCAACAACAUCACAUUCCGUCGCUGGAACGUCACCAAUGGAGAUGAUUCUAUUGCUCUGAAGGCCAACAGCACCAACAUUCUUAUUGAAGAUUGUGACUUCUAUAUGGGUCUUGGUGUCGCAAUCGGCAGUAUUGGUCAAUACAACAACACCUUUGAAUACAUCGAGAACGUCACUGCUCGUGAUAUCCGCUCCUACAACAUGAGAUAUGGCGCUUACGUCAAGACCUGGACUGGAAUUUCUACUGGCUAUCCUCCUAACGGUGGUGGCGGUGGUCUGGGUUAUGCUGCCAAUAUCACAUUCUCCGAUUUUGUCCUGAACAAUAACACUGGUAUUUAUGCCGUGACUCAAUGCACGUCUUACAACUCGGCGAAAGGCGGGUGCAAUACUAGCGAGUUCAAUCUCCACGACAUCCGUCUGCAGAACUGGACUGGAACUGCUGUUAGUGACGUGGUCAGUGCUAUUCAGUGCUCAGCUGCAUCUCCUUGCACUGAUCAGGAGAUUACCGGCAUUGACAUCCUCGACACUGUCAACGGUACUGCUCCUAGCCAGUACUUGUGUGAUAAUGUUUCCUCUGUUGGGUUCAACUGCACUGGUCCGACAUGGGAGGAGAACAGCAGAUAG